AUGCCGCUCCUCCCCUCCACCGCCGUGCCGCCGCCCCGUCUCCGCCUCCGCCUCCCACUCCCACUCCCUCUCCACCACCGCCCCAUCCCCCUUCCCCUCCCGCUCCGCCACCACCACUCCUCGCCCCACCCGCGUCUCCUCCCCCUGGCGGCGUCCCUCCCGCCCCCACCUCCCGAGGAGCUGCUCCACACGCAGGCCACGGGUCUCGUCGCCGCCUCGCAGGCCAACUUCAUGCGCGUCAUCGUGGACGCCGCGGCCCCGGGGCUGGACCACCACCGCGGCUCCGACCUGCUCUGCGUCGUCCGCGCGCUGCUCAAGAAGAUCCGCCGCCGCGUGCUCGUCGGUGACCGUGUCCUCGUCGGGGCGGUCGACUGGACCGACCGCCGCGGGAUGAUCGAGGAUGUCUUCGAGCGGAGGUCCGAGGUGGCCAACCCGCCCGUCGCCAACGUCGACCGCCUCGUCGUGCUCUUCUCGCUCGACCAGCCGAAGCCCGAGCCGGCCACGCUCACCCGGUUCCUCGUCGAGGCCGAGUCCACAGGGAUUCCGUUUGUGCUCGUCUUCAACAAGGUCGAGCUCGUCGACGAACAGACAAUAGCAUACUGGAGAGAUAGGUUGAAGAGUUGGGGCUAUGAUCCACUGUUUCUAAGUGUUGAUAAGCAAUCAGGAUUUACUGCUCUAGAAGAGAUGUUGGAAGGACAAACAACUGUAGUUGUUGGUCCAAGCGGCGUUGGGAAGUCCAGCCUGAUCAAUGCACUGAGGGGUAACCAGGACAUAUCAGAAGAAGAUCCAAUACAUAAACUGGUUGAACAGAAUAGUAAAUGGUUUGGUGAACAACGUGUUGGAACUGUGUCCAAGAAAAGUGGUAAAGGAAAGCACACAACACGGCAUGUCUCAUUGCUUCCUAUAGCUGGUGGAGGCUUCCUUGCUGAUACUCCUGGAUUUAACCAGCCUAGUUUGAUGAAAGUGACAAAAAAGAGUCUUGCAGAAACAUUUCCUGAGAUAAGAAAAGCGCUGAAAGAGAACGAGCCCACAAAAUGCUUAUUUAAUGAUUGUGUUCACCUGGGUGAGCAUGGAUGUGUUGUGAAAGGGGAGUGGGAAAGGUAUCCAUACUAUCUCCAGAUGCUUGAUGAGAUCAAAAUUAGAGAAGAAAUCCAGCUACGGACAUUUGGAACAAAAAGAGAAGGUGAUGUCAGGUACAAAACAGGUGUCAUGGGGGUGAAGCAAGCAGAGCCUCGUCUUGAACUCAAGAAGCACAGGAGGGUAUCUAGAAAGAAGAUUAACCAAUCUAUUCUUGACGAAAUUGAAGAUGACAUUGAUGACCUCGAUGAUGACUACCGGUUUGACGUGAAGCAACGUACUAGGAAACGAUAA